GCUGAUUUCAACAACAACAUUCCAGGAAGGCCUGGGCCUGCUGAUCCUUCAGAAAAGGUUAAAGACGGGUUGUGGCUGUUUUCAUUGCAAAUUGGCCGUGUUUAAGCUUUAGGACCUCCUGGUGGAAAUGUCGUCCGUUGCUCGUCUUCAGGAUCUUCCUCCUCCGGGAGGUUUUGGCAAAAUACACUAUGAAAAAGUGCCCCACAAGUCUUUUUUCAAUGGAAAAUGGAUUGCCAUUACUUUCGGCAUCAGUUAUGCCCUUGGUAUUGCUGGCUAUUUGGCUUCUGUGAACAUUAUAAAACGCCAAAGAAUUGAAACUCAGAGUGCUCGGAAUGCAAUUCAGCCUUUCCUUCUAGCCGAACGUGAUAGACAGCUGUUGCUGCAGAUGAGAAAGAAUCGUGAUGCUGAAGCUGAGCUGAUGAAAGAUGUUGAGGGAUGGGAAGUUGGAACCCUCUUUGGCACACCUGUGUACAACACUGUGGGAGAAAAUGAAUGGAUUGGCUACCGGCCUAAUUCAUACUAUGCCCAUGCUGACCCUGACAGGCGACUGGACUAUGAAGGAUUUAGCUUGUAUGUGUAAAUUCACUCUUUUAACUGUAAUUAGUAUGUAUAUAUGUUCAAAACUGAGUAAUCUAUUCAAGUUCCUGCUUUUGUACCUGUGAGAUUGGCAGGUUCUCAAAAACUGAUGUACGCAGUUAACAGUUCUAAAUCAGCCCUGAGUUAUUAGAAUAGAAAUACAUGUACAGUCAGGGAUGCAAAUAAAACAAUGAUUCAGUGGCA